CUCUUGCACGUGCGUACUCGAUUGUGACGCACAUGCUGGGAGUUGGGUUAUGUUCUCUCGAGUUGAAUUUCGACUCUUUCGUUUCGGUCGCGAGUUGAUCAGUGAAAAAUGCGCCUGAUAAUCCCGAAGCCGUUACUUUACGGAUCCAUAGCGGUGACCACCGUCGGCGUUUCGUAUCUGACGAAAGAUUAUCUGGGAGGUCCAAAAUACAAUGGGCAGGAGGAUCUGACUGGUAAGGUAGUCAUUGUGACGGGAGCCAAUUCCGGCAUCGGGAGGGAAGUAACUUCAGAAUUGGCCAAACGUAAUGCAAAAGUUAUCAUGGCAUGCAGGGACAUGGCAAAAUGUGAAACGGAACGCCGAAAUAUUGUACUGGACACAAAGAAUAAGUAUAUUUAUUGUAGGACGUGUGACUUAGCGUCGCAAGAAAGUAUUAGGAAAUUUGUUACGCAAUUUAAGAAAGAAUUUAAUCACCUUAACAUACUUAUCAAUAACGCCGGCGUAAUGAGAUGCUCAAAGAGUCACACUAAAGAGGGCAUUGAGAUGCAGCUUGGGGUAAAUUACAUGGGACACUUCUUGCUCACAAACUUGCUUCUGGACGUCUUGAAAGCGUCCGCGCCAUCCAGAAUUGUGAAUCUGGCGAGCGCUACCUACCGUUCUGGGAAAAUAAAUAUGAAGGAUUUAAAUCUGGAGAAUGAUUAUGAUUCCGGUAGAGCGUACUCUCAAAGUAAAUUGGCUAUAGUUAUUUUCACUCGUGACUUGGCGGACAAAUUGAAAGGAACUAACGUCACCGUGAACGCUGUCCAUCCCGGUAUAGUUGACACUAACAUAAUACGGCAUAUGUAUGCGUACACCAACUUCUUUAUGCGAAUAUUCGUGAAGCCAUUCGCUUGGCCAUUUAUUAAAGCACCUUGGCAAGGAGCUCAAGCCGUUUUGUAUGCGGCGUUAGAGCCUAGUCUUACAGACGUUUCCGGAUGUUAUCUCGCCAAUAACGAAACCAAGGAAUUAUCAGAGGAUGCCAAGAACGAUGACCUGGCAAAGUGGUUGUGCAAAGUCAGUGAAAAGUGGACAAAAUUAAAUAUUUCAUGAAUAAAUGUACGAUAGAAAUA